GACUACGUGGGUUGUUUUUUUUUUUAGCGUGUGGGGUACAUUGGUUAGCUUGCUAUCGAAGAAUAAAGUGACCAAUAUAAAAGUUAUCUAAAGGAAGGAAUUUCCACCGUCGGGUUUCAUGAUGGCUUUGCAGGGCUCUGAGGAGAUAGAGGAGCAACUCGCAGAGCCUGAAGAGAUUGGAGACGAGGAUGUGAGCAUCUCUCCAGCUGAAGAAAUAACAUUAACCGUCGGGCCUGGAGGAGAAGAGGACACGGACCCGCUUCUCCUCCCGUGGGAUCGCUUCUCUGCCUGGCUACACUGUAUCUGUGUCGUCGGGUUUGAUCUCGAACUCGGCCAGGCGGUGGAGGUCAUCUACCCACACCAUUCAAAACUAUCCGAGAAGGAGAAAACAAGUAUCUGCUACUUGUCAUUCCCAGACUCUAACUCAGGUUGUCUAGGGGACACACAGUUCUGCUUCCGUUUCCGACAGGCCUCAGGCAGGAAGUCUUCUCUGGGAUGUUUUCUGGACCAGUUUGACCGUGACGCCCCAGUCUGCCUGAAGAGGGACCAAGGCCAUUACUAUGGUUACGUCUACUUCAGACAGGUCCGGGACAAGUCACUCAAGAGGGGUUACUUUCAGAAGUCCCUGGUCCUUAUCAGCAAGCUUCCCUACGUCACGUUCUUCCACUCCCUGCUGAAGCUCGUCGCUCCAGAGUACUUUGAGAAGCAGGAGCCAUGUCUGGAGGCUGCCUGCAACGACAUCGACCGCUGGCCCACUCCUCAUCCAGGGAAAAUAUUGGUCCUCCCUAUAAUGGGUACUGUUAUGAAGGUUCGGAUCCCAACAUGUUACGACAAGCCUGGAACCUCUCAGCUGGUACAGUCCACACAGAAUGACAACCUGGUGUCCAUAGUCCUCCCCACGGUCCACGAGGUAGACUUGUUCACGUGUUUCCACCCAGUCUUCUUCCACAUUCAGAUGUUAUGGGAGCUGGUGUUGCUUGGAGAGGCUCUGGUUGUCAUGGCACCAUCACCGGCAGAAUCUUCAGACACUGUUCUGGCAUUGGUCAGCUGCAUCUCUCCACUGCGCUACUGCAGUGACUUCAGACCAUACUUCACCAUCCACGACAGCGAGUUCAAAGAGUAUACCACCAGAACACAGGCUCCGCCAUCUGUGAUUCUUGGCGUGACCAACCCGUUCUUUGCGAAGACCCUCCAACACUGGCCUCACAUCAUCCGUAUUGGAGACAUGAAGCAGGCUGGAGAGACUGUCAAGCAGAUGAAGGUCAAGAAGCUGAAGAACCUGAAGACCCUGGACUCUAAACCAGGUGUCUACAGCGCGUACAAGCCCUUCCUCAACAAAGAUGAGGAUAUCAUUAAACAACUUCAGAAGGGUGUCCAACAGAAACGUCCCUCGGCGGCACAGAAUGCCAUCCUACGACGGUACUUCCUGGAGCUGACGCAGAGCUUCAUCAUUCCACUGGAGCGCUAUGUGGCCAGUCUGAUGCCUCUACAGAAGAACAUCUCUCCCUGGAAGAGUCCUCCACAGCUGAGACCCUUCCUCCAGGAGGACUUUAUGAAGACUCUGGAGAAGGCUGGUCCUCAGCUCACCUCACCACUCAAAGGAGACUGGAUGGGACUCUACAGACAGUUCCUGAGGUGUCCUAACUUUGACGGCUGGUUCAGGAAUCGCAGGAGAGAGAUGAUGAAGAAACUAGAGGCCCUUCAUCUAGAGGCUGUCUGUGAGGAGGAUCUGCAGGUGCGUGUCCAGCAACACACUGAGGUGGAGACUGUGGACCUCGUUCUCAAACUCAAAGACAAACUGACUCAGGCAGAGAGAGAGCAGCUUCCUCUGAGGCCGGGGACGUUGACUAAACUACAAGCCCACAUCGACUCUGUCAUCCUGUCUUUACCUGAUGAUCUACAGGGAAUCCUGCACAAGCCCUCCACACCCUGACCUCUGACCCUGACUUCUGACCCCUGACCACUAAUCAUUGACCUAUAACCCCUGGGGGAGGAGGAAGCGAGGCCCAAGGAAGGACUGCUCCAGUCUCAUCAUUGAACUGUGGAUUUUUAAGACUUUUGUAUUUUUUUUUUUUUUAAGUGCACUUCACCCUUUAAUAUCUGUGUGACUGAGCCACCUCCAACCUCUCUCCACCUUCAUGUGCAAUGCUGGCAUUGUCCCCAAACAAUCCACUGAUUAUUGAUUAUGCAACCAGUCAGAAAUAAGAAGACAAGCCAAUUCGUGGUUUAUUCCUCAGAGAUAUAAUGUCUGUGCUGUAGUGAAUCAUGUGUCUGUGACACAUGUCCAUAAAGGUUGGCAGAUUUUCUAAAACAGUUUAAUCUGUGUCCGGAAAACCAACCCUUUAGUCUACACUUUAAAAAAAAAAAAACAGCCUUGUUUGGAUUCUAUGCUGCGCUGAUAACUUAACACUGCAGUUACAAUAAACUAUAGACAGAUUGUGAUAUACAGUUUAAUUGUCAACAAUAGUCGUACGUUAUGAAAGGUUGCUGUGCUGUUGUAUAAAUGUUGAAGACAUGAAGAGCUGUAUUGUAUAGCGUCACUAUACACUUAUUGGACAAAACAUUAGGAACACCGUCCUAAUAUUGAGUUGCACCCCCUUCUGCCCUCAGAACAGCCUCAAUUCGUCGGGGCGUGGACUCUACAAGGUGUAAAGCGUUCCACAGGGAUGCUGGUCUAUGUUGGCUCCAAUGCUUCCCCACAGUUGUCAAGUUGGCUGGAUGUCCUUUGGGUGGUGAACCAUUCUUGAUACACGUGUGGAAAAACCCAGCAGCGUUGCAGUUCUUGACACAAACCAAAGGCACUUAAAUCGGUCUUGUCCAUUCAUAGUGGUUGAGGAGGAGACAUCGGGGUGGAUCUUCAUGAGGCACAAAACAGAUCAAAACAAGGAACCUAAAGCUAGUGCAAUAACAAAUGGUUUGUGUUUCAAAACGUUUUGUUACGUUGUGCCUUAAUGAAUAGCACCCUUGUUGGAGGUUGAUCUCUGUGUGUGUGUGUGUGUGUGUGGGAAUAGAAUAGCAGAGUGCUGUUGCUAUUUUAGACCAAUAGGAAGGAACUUGUAUAUAAUUUGUACUGAUUACUAGAAGAAGGUAAGGAAAAAGACCUUCACUAAACCCUCGUCCUCAUAUCGCAGUACUACUUCUGCUCCAAAUGUGUAUUCUGCAUAGGGAGUAGGGUGCCAUUUGGGAUGCAUUCAUUCUACAUGUUAAAAUGGGCAACCGGGUAACUGACGAAAACUAACUGGCUGACACAUUGCCUUGUCAUAUUGAUUUGGACCUGAUUUUUGUGAGGUUUUACCACAUUAUUCAUCUGUGUAGACCCACAACAACCCCUUCUACCACCAUUAUUCAUCUGUGUAGGCCCACCACAACCCCCUGUACCACAUUAUUCAUCUGUGUAGGCCCACCACAACCCCUUCUACCACCAUUAUUCAUCUGUGUAGGCCCACGACAACCCCUUCUACCACCAUUAUUCAUCUGUGUAGGCCCACCACAACCCCCUGUACCACAUUAUUCAUCUGUGUAGGCCCACGACAACCCCUUCUACCACCAUUAUUCAUCUGUGUAGGCCCACCACAACCCCCUGUACCACAUUAUUCAUCUGUGUAGGCCCACCACAACCCCUUCUACCACCAUUAUUCAUCUGUGUAGGCCCACCACAACCCCUUCUACCACCAUUAUUCAUCUGUGUAGGCCCACCACAACCCCCUGUACCACAUUAUUCAUCUGUGUAGGCCCACCACAACCCCUUCUACCACCAUUAUUCAUCUGUGUAGGCCCACCACAACCCCCUGUACCACAUUAUUCAUCUGUGUAGGCCCACCACAACCCCUUCUACCACCAUUAUUCAUCUGUGUAGGCCCACCACAACCCCUUCUACCACCAUUAUUCAUCUGUGUAGGCCCACCACAACCCCCUGUACCACAUUAUUCAUCUGUGUAGGCCCACCACAACCCCUUCUACCACCAUUAUUCAUCUGUGUAGGCCCACCACAACCCCUUCUACCACCAUUAUUCAUCUGUGUAGGCCCACCACAACCCCCUGUACCACAUUAUUCAUCUGUGUAGGCCCACCACAACCCCUGUACCACAUUAUUCAUCUGUGUAGGCCCACCACAACCCCUUCUACCACAUUAUUCAUCUGUGUAGGCCCACCACAACCCCCUGUACCACAUUAUUCAUCUGUGUAGGCCCACGACAACCCCUUCUACCACCAUUAUUCAUCUGUGUAGGCCCACCACAACCCCCUGUACCACAUUAUUCAUCUGUGUAGGCCCACGACAACCCCUUCUACCACCAUUAUUCAUCUGUGUAGGCCCACCACAACCCCCUGUACCACAUUAUUCAUCUGUGUAGGCCCACCACAACCCCUUCUACCACCAUUAUUCAUCUGUGUAGGCCCACCACAACCCCUUCUACCACAUUAUUCAUCUGUGUAGGCCCACCACAACCCCCUGUACCACAUUAUUCAUCUGUGUAGGCCCACGACAACCCCUUCUACCACCAUUAUUCAUCUGUGUAGGCCCACCACAACCCCCUGUACCACAUUAUUCAUCUGUGUAGGCCCACCACAACCCCUUCUACCACCAUUAUUCAUCUGUGUAGGCCCACCACAACCCCCUGUACCACAUUAUUCAUCUGUGUAGGCCCACCACAACCCCUUCUACCACCAUUAUUCAUCUGUGUAGGCCCACCACAACCCCUUCUACCACCAUUAUUCAUCUGUGUAGGCCCACCACAACCCCCUGUACCACAUUAUUCAUCUGUGUAGGCCCACCACAACCCCUUCUACCACCAUUAUUCAUCUGUGUAGGCCCACCACAACCCCCUGUACCACAUUAUUCAUCUGUGUAGGCCCACCACAACCCCCUGUACCACAUUAUUCAUCUGUGUAGGCCCACCACAACCCCUUCUACCACCAUUAUUCAUCUGUGUAGGCCCACCACAACCCCUUCUACCACCAUUAUUCAUCUGUGUAGGCCCACAACAACCCCUUCUACCACCAUUAUUCAUCUGUGUAGGCCCACCACAACCCCUUCUACCACCAUUAUUCAUCUGUGUAGGCCCACCACAACCCCUUCUACCACCAUUAUUCAUCUGUGUAGGCCCACCACAACCCAUUCUACCACCAUUAUUCAUCUGUGUAGGCCCACCACAACCCCUUCUACCACCAUUAUUCAUCUGUGUAGGCCCACCACAACCCCUUCUACCACCAUUAUUCAUCUGUGUAGGCCCACCACAACCCCUUCUACCACCAUUAUUCAUCUGUGUAGGCCCACCACAACCCCUUCUACCACCAUUAUUCAUCUGUGUAGGCCCACCACAACCCAUAUGAACAGUCCUUGUACACCAGGGCUUUCUAGCGGCUAGCUAAACCAGAGUUGGGGUUUCCUACCGGUCCACUGCCACUGUCUGGAUUUCAUUUGGCACCCAGCCACUGUCUCUGUCCUCAGUGUCAUUGAUUUGGUUCACACCAACUGUAUUGUCCGAAACACAUUUUGCUGAUCAUAAUGGAUGUUGAUAGCCUGGGUACAGGCCUGUUUAGCUAUCAUUCUACUCCUUGUCUUUGGCAUAUGACACGGAGGAGUGGAAUGUUGGCUAAACAGACUGGUCCCCAGGCUAGGAUGUUGAUACGGUUUAGCCUUCCAGACCCUAACUGUUUGUAUUCAUGCUGUUUUUAUGCUUUGAGUAGAAGUUUUGUUUGGAGUGCAUUACGUGUAUGGUGUGCUCAACCAUCAUAUGUUAAGGGUAGAGAUCAUUCUUCCUCUGGACUGUUAAACAUAUCUACAUGUAUGCUGAACAACAUUACUGCAGAGGAGGUUUUUGCUAACACAGAUUUUGCUGUCAGACUUUGGACUACCUAUGAGGUUUUUACGUCUUACAUUUUGAAAACCGAUAUUUGAUUUUUUGAGUAUUUUGAUGUUACAGAAUACAUUUAUUUUUCUUGAUCAGCUUUUAUCAUAGGGUGUGCCUUAAGGGAUGAUGGUUAGGAAAAACAGAACCAAAGAUGGACUGUUUUUAGGUUAAAUAUCGAACUGUGACUGUGGAGUAGGCUAAUAACUUCUGAUAUCUACAGUAGUGGCUCACUCACUCAGUAACCUGUCAUAUUCUGAUCUGCUUCAAACACCACCAUUCCGUUGGAACCCAUCAGAAUUCCGUUGGAACCCAUCAGAAUUCCGUUGGAACCCGUCAGAAUUCUGUUGGAACCCAUCAGAAUUCCGUUGGAACUGUUGGAACCCAUCAGAAUUCCGUUGGAACCCAUCAGAAUUCCGUUGGAACCCAUCAGAAUUCCGUUGGAACUGUCUGUCCUCUGAGGGAAUAUUUCAGUUAGAUUAAUAUUGGUUGGUACACACCUGUGAUGGGUUUCCAUAUUUUGAAAAUACUUAUUUUAACAAGAUAAUUUUGUAUAAAGGGCUAUUCUCAUAUUCCAUUUAAUCUAAAAAGUGAAGUUUUGUACAUAUGUUGAAAUACCCAGCCAUCACCAUUGAUGAUGAUAUUCAUUAUAUUACAACCAUUAUUUUACUAAAUAUAGAUAUUACUGACAUGGAAUACUAUACAUUUGUAAUAUCUUUCAGUGGGCUGGUUAGAUGUUAAAGAACUCGAAUAAGGAUGAUAACAUAAUAUACUGCAUCAUAUUGCUUUGAGGAACUCAGUGUUUUUACAUUUGCAAUGUUUGAUCGUUUUUUGUAUUGAAGCCUUAAUACAAUAACUACUGAGGAACCACUAUUGAUGCCUUUUUAAUAGAAGUACUGAGGAACCACUAAUGCUAACAGACAAUGGCUUUCAGUGAGCGCAAGUAUUUUAAUGUGAAUAAACGGGCCUCUCGGAUCUCACUAAUAAAUGGUUCUGUAUUUUC